AUGAAGCCGAAUCAGGGCAGUCGCCGUGCUCUGUGGUUCAUCGCAGGCUGCGUGUUGUUGGUUGCGACGGCGGGGGAGGCUCAGAAUGUGAGCGUGGGGGUGGUGUUGGAUAUGGAGAGCUGGGUUGGGAAGAUGGGGUUGAGUUGUAUUCACAUGUCGUUGUCGGAAUUCUAUGAAGCUAAUUCUCACUACAACACUAGGAUUGUUCUUCACCCCAAGGACUCCGCCGCCGAUGUUGUUGGUGCGGCGGCUGCAGCUGUUGACCUGAUAAAGAACAAUAAAGUUGAAGCAAUUUUAGGGCCAACUACUUCGAUGCAGACCAACUUUGUGAUCAAGCUCGGCCACAAAGCUCAUGUCCCCAUCCUUACCUUCACUGCCUCCACCCCCCCUCUCGCCUCCUACCGCAGCCCCUACUUCUUUCGUCUCACCCAGACUGACUCUGCCCAAGUUGCCGCUAUUAGCGCCCUGGUCAAAGCCUACAAUUGGAGACAAGUCGUUUUGAUCUACCAAGACGACGAGUUUGGAGACGGGAUGUUACCGUAUUUGAUCGACGCAUUGCAGGAUGUGAAUGCACGCGUCCCAUAUCGGAGCGUCAUCGAUCCAACGGCCACCGAGGAUCAGAUCGGGGAAGAGCUUUACAAAUUGAUGACAAUGCCGACCAGAGUGUUCUUGGUCCACAUGCAGCCGUCUCUAGCGAUUCGCUUAUUCGCUAAGGCCAACAAAAUUGGAAUGAUGAGGGAAGGUUACGCUUGGAUUUUGACUGACGCCAUCGCGAAUUUACUCGAUUCCAUGACUUCCUCUGUUCUAAACUCCAUGGAAGGAGCUUUGGGAGUGAAGACAUAUGUCCCAAAAUCAAUGGAGCUCGACCGUUUCAAAAUUAAAUGGAAACGGGAAUUCGUAAUGGAAAAUUCUGUCCUCACCGAUCCACAUUUAGACAUCUUCGGAUUGUGGGCCUAUGAUGCAGCUCGAGCACUGGCAAUGGCAAUUGAGAAAACAGGGGCCAAAAACUUCACAUUCGAAAACCCAAAUGGAUCUGAAAAUCUAACCGAUCUUCAAACUCUGGGGGUUUCUCAAAACGGGGAGAAAAUUGUGGAGGCGUUGUCGAAGACGAAGUUCAUGGGGCUGACUGGAAAUUACGAGAUCGUGAAUGGGCAGCUGCAAUCGGCGGCAUUUGAGAUUGUGAAUGUGAAUAGUAAUGGGGGAAACAGAGUUGGGCUUUGGAAUCCUGAAAAGGGGUUGUUGAGUAACAAUAUGACAGUGAUCUGGCCGGGGAAUACGGCGGCGGCGCCGAAAGGGUGGGAGAUUCCAACGGCGGGGAAAAGGUUGAGAAUUGGGGUUCCGGUGAAGGAAGGGUAUAGUGAGUUCGUGACAGUGAAUGGAAAGAAGGUGGAAGGGUAUUGUAGGGACGUGUUCGAUGCGGUAAUAGAAGCGCUUCCAUACGCCCUUCCGUUUGAUUACAUUCCCUUUGCACUUCCAAAUGGAUCUAGCGCCGGUUCCUACAAUGAUCUCAUCAUGCAAGUUAACAGAGGGGUCUACGACGGUGCAGUAGGAGACUUAACCAUCGUAGAAAAUAGAUCUAGGUACGUUGAUUUCACCUUGCCAUUCACAGAGUCCGGAGUUUCAAUGAUCGUUCCAACACAAGCCAACUCCAAGAACAGAGCAUGGCUUUUUCUGAAGCCUCUCACUUUAGACCUUUGGAUCACAAGCUUCUGCUUCUUCGUCUUCAUGGGGUUUGUCGUUUGGAUUCUCGAACAUCGAAUCAACCAAGACUUUCGUGGUCCUCCCACUCAUCAGAUCGGUACCAGCCUCUGGUACUCCUUUUGCACCAUGGUCUUCGCCCAAAGGGAGACUUUGAUAAGCAAUUUGGCGAGGUUUGUAGUGGUGAUAUGGUUCUUCGUGGUGUUCGUUCUAACUCAAAGCUACACGGCAAGCUUGACUUCUCUGUUGACAGUGCAACAAUUACAACCCACCAUUACAAAUAUAAAUGAGUUGUUGAAGACGCAGCCAUGGGUGGGAUAUCAAGAUGGUUCAUUUGUUGGGGGGCUGUUGACCUCUGUGGGGAUUAAGAAUCUCAAGUCUUAUGGGUCUCCUGAGGAACUCGACGAGUUGCUCAAACUAGGAAGCUCUAAUGGCGGCAUUGAUGCUGCUUUUGAUGAAAUGCCUUACGUUAAGCUCUUCCUUUCCAUGUUUGGUGAUAAGUACACGAUGGGUGAUCCCAACUACAAAACGGAUGGAUUUGGAUUUGCAUUUCCCAUUGGCUCGCCAUUGGUAGCAGACAUAUCAAGAGCGGUGUUGAAUGUGACAGAGAGUGAAAAGAUGAACCAAUUACAAAGGAAAUGGUUUAAGAAUGAAGACAACUCGUGGUCUUCCAUCUCCAAGAUCACUUCUUCGAGGCUCAACUUAAGCAGCUUUUGGGGCCUAUUUCUCAUUGCCGGCACUGCCGCUAUCAUCGCCCUCCUCAUCUACUUCAUCAUUUUCUUUUACAAAGAACAACACAAGCUUUCUCACGCCUCCAACUCAUCUAUUGGCAGUAAAAUUCGAGCGUUGCUUAGAAUCUAUGAUAAAAUAGACUUGACUUCACACACGUUCAGAAAGAGUAAUCAUCUUCAGGUAGCAGACAACAAGAUUCAUGCGAUCCAUGGUGACUCCGUUGGUGCCUCACCGAGCUCGAAUUACCCGUCUAGUCCAUCGAAUAAUUCGGUCCAUGACACGAGCUGUGAGUUCUUCUCUAAGUCGGGAGAUGUGACUCCGAAUAAUCAAGUAAUGGAAAUGGUGAUCCAUUCAACAAUGGAGUUCGCUCCUCAAAACUAGAAGUAGCCUUUUGUAGAUAAAUUUGAUUUUUCUUGCAUGGUGCAAAAAAAACUCCCUUUGUAAAUUAUAUGUCUAUUA